CGUUGGCAGUUGGUUUUGGGAGCUGCUCGUGCGAGGACGUCCGGCUCUGCGCCAAUUUCAGCGCCGACGAAGAGUGACGAAAAAGAGCGAAGAACGCGUUUCGGUUUCGGUUUUAGUUGCGAUCUUCGAUUCCCCCCACAAGCAACAAAAGCAACAAAAACGAAAAUAAAAAAAAGGGAAGCAACAACAACAACAACAAGAAGAAACAAAAAAAAAACCCCAACCGACUAGCUGCCAUUCUUACCAGUUUGAAACUACAACUACUGCACCAACAAAAGCAACAAACAAGUGAAAUAUUAUAUUUUAAUUUUCUGUGUGUGCGCGCGUGUAUGUGUGUAUAGUAGUAGUAGUGCUCCUUAAAUAAUUUUUAUUUUUUUUUUUUCGUUUUUUUUUGUGUGCCAAACUAGUUUCGAGUUAAUUGAAUAUUUUUUUUUUUUUUUUGGCCCGAGUUCGAGUUUGAGUUCGAGUCCGCAUCCGCGUACGCUCCUGCGCUGCUGCAGCGGCUAAUUUGCUUGCUGCGGCUGCUGCGGCGGCUGCUGCUGCGAUCGUCACUGGAAAUAAGAAUCAGAAAAGGGAGUCCCUGUGCUAAACCUUCAAUAACAAUUCCCAGUUGCCAACAAGGACGAGAAGGAGUGGAAGCCUCUCGGCUUAAUUACGCAAUUAAAUUAUAUUCGGGUUCAAAGACCCCAACGGAGUAUCGAAGUCGGACUAACAGAGGCCUGUUUAUUUCCUGAUCGUACAACAUGUGCCAUGGAGAGCCUGGGCUUGGGCAGCAGACGCAACAACGGCGGCACUCCUGCCGUCCCGGCUCACUCCUCCCCGCCCGGGCAUGCGGUGCACGGUGGGGGCGUGGGGGCUGGCAAGGUACUGAUCCACAGCAGUGCGGCAACAACCAAGGCGACGGGGCACCAUCAUCACCAUCACCACCAGCACCAGCACCAGCACAUCCAGCACAUCCAGAACCACCCGCAGCAGCUGCCCUCCAACCAGAACUACUACACGCAGCAGCAGACGCAGCUGCAGCGCCUGAAGCAGCAGCAGCAGAAGCUGCAACAGCAACAGCAACAGCAACAACAGCAGCAGCAGCAGCAGCUGGAGGCGGUGCACGGCUACGGGGGCAUGGCUAAGCACUUGUUGCAGUUCCCCCCACCGCCGGACUAUCCCCCGCCGCCAACAGGGGGCGGCAGUGGCAAGGACACUGGAUCGCCAAAGGGGAAGAGGCAGCAGCAAGUGCCGCGAUAUCCCGAUCCAGAUCCGGAUGCCAUCGAAGUGUGCAACGAGCCGGGGCAGGAGGCAUCGCCCCACCACCUCAAGCAGUUGGCGGCGCGCCACAGCAAGAGUCUGGGGCGGCAGACUGGCCAGAACCUGCACCAUCCGAACAUGCAUCACGACUACUCCUACGCCUACUAUGAGCCCGGGGCGGCCAUGAGGCAUUCCAAUGUGCCACGCCCCGAGAAGGGGGCAGCGACUGCCGGAGGAGCUGUUGUCCAGGUGGCCAUGUCGCCGGCCACCUCGGAUCCGCCGCCACCGAACUCCAUUCGCGCCCUGCUCUCCAAGGGCAAGAAGAACAAGCAGCUGGUGAGCCCCGCCACCCUCCAGUCCUACCAGACGCGCUACCACAAGCUGGCCAGCUCCGCCAAGGCCGGCCAGAGCGAGAACUUCUACGAGGAGAUCAACGCGGCGGCCCUCCAGGGCACGGGGGGCAGUCACCUCCGGAGCACCGUGGGCUCCCACUCGGCUGGCUCCUUGAACCAGACCCUCGUGGAGGAGGAGCUGCGGCGGGUUCAGAAUCGCCAUCACAAGAUCCUCGGGGAGUUGAAUCUCAGCGUGGAGGCCAUGCUGAUGCCGGAGAGUCCGCCCAAGCACGACCCGCUGCCGGGGGGCGGGGAGGUGGGGACGCCACCGGACGCCCCCUCGGACCAGAGCAGCCCCCAGAAGCAGAAGCCCCCGAGUGUGAGUGUGAGUGUGACGGCGGCCAGUGGCCAGCCACCGACCAUGCUGGCCGCCCGCCUCACCUCCGCCUCGGCGGACAACAUCUGUGAUAGCAAGCGGAGCGGCAGGGACCGGACCACCUCUGGACCGGCACCGGGACCGGCUGCCGGCGACCUGGACAGCGGCUUCAGCGGCAGCAGCAGCGGCGCCAGCUACAUCGGCAGUCUCCGGCUGAGCAAGACCCAGCACAUCAAGUGCGCCCGCCAGACGCCCACCCUGGCGGUGGCCGCCACCCAGAGCUGUCGGUCCUUCCAGCGGGCGGCCACUGUCUACGAUGAGUCCGGAUCCGGUUCCGGUUCUGGUCAGGGCUCUGGCUCUGGCUCGGGGGGAAGCUUCCUCUCCCGAGCCUCCUGCGGCAGGAGGAUACUGAGCUGUGCCAGGAUCAGGGCAGCCGAGGAUCCAGGACCCAAUCAGCUGGGGGGCAGGAGUGGUGGAGCGGGUAUUGGACCAGGCCCGGUGCAGGAGUCCAAGGCGCGCAGUUUCUGGAGCCGGAAGGGAUGGCGCAAGUUGCCAGGAUUCUCAACUUCCACCUCGAGCAUCAAUGAUACAGGAUUAACGGAUGAACACAAACUGAACUCUGGCUCAUGGGAAGACACCUUGGACGAGCCACACCGCCACCACCAGUCGCACCACCAGCCGCUCCACCAGCACCACCACCACACUCUGCACCACAGCAGCAGCGGCCAGCGCGGUCAGAUCGGUUCCCCGCCAUCCAGUGCCAGCAUCACCACCGCCCAGCUGCAUAGCGCCUUCAGUCGCAGGAUCGCCGAGCAGCGGGAGAAGAGGAACAGGGACAGGGACAGGGAGAGGGACAGAGAUCGGGAUCAGCAGGAUCGCGACUGCCCCACCGGCACCACAAUUGCCGGCGGAAGCUAUAGCGCCAACGGUGGCCAGGCAGCCACUGUUGGUUGCAGCCGGAGUCGGAGCAGCUGCAGCAGUAGCAGCGACAGGGACACCAAGUCCCCUAACAGGGAUCCAGAAAAGGACCACCACCACCAGCUCAUACUCCAGCAGGAGCAGGAACAGGAACUGCUAGAGUCGCAGCAGGCGUUGCCGCUGGAGGAGGAUCAUCUCACCGAGGAGGAGCAGACCAGCAGCAGCGUGAGUUCCCUAAGCGCCGGCAACCAACGCAAUUCCCAAUUGCGUUCCACCUUCAACAAGGCCAAGCAGCAUUUGUCCUUCGACAAAUGGCGCACGGCCGCCAUCGGAAGCACCACAGGUUCCGGCUCCACAACAGGCUCAGGAUCAGGAUCAGGAUCGGGCUCCGGCUCUGCAUCGCAAACUGAGAGUCCCAACUCGAGCAACAUGAUUUUGCGGCGGGCCAGUGCCUGCACCAUGCCAUCAAAUGGCUCUGGAGGAGGAAGCUCCUCCACCCAACGUGAGGAUGUGACCACGCCGGGGGAGUCGCCGGGACGGCUGUCCAGGUGGUUCUCCAUCCGGAGGGGUUCCUCGCACCAGUACGACGUGGGCGGCCGACACUCCACGGCCUCCAGCUUCGACACUCCCGACUCGGGAUCGGGCACCACGGCCGGCGAUAAGGCGGGCAAGUCGGGGACAUCGUCGGGGGCAGGAGGCUCCUCGGCAGGAGCAGGAGGAGGAGCAGCGCAGGACGCCGCCUCGCCCCAGAAGCUGGCCAAUCUGGGGGCCAGCAAGAUGAUGCCCGGCGUGCCAGAGUACGAGGACGACGAAGGCUCUCCGGGAGCGGGAGCGGGAACGGGAGCCACCAAUGCCAAUCGCUUCGACAUGGACCUGAUGAUGACGCCGGGCAGCCGAGCCAACGGCACAGCUCGCACCGCCCACAACCGGCUGGUGGUGCCGAUGCUGCCCCCCGCCCCGGCCGGCCUGUCCCAGCAGCAGCUGAAGAGGCGCCACAUCGUGGCGGCCAUCGUGCACAGCGAGAACUCGUACGUGGCGACCCUGCAGCGUCUAGUCAAUGAUUACAAGAAACCGCUGGAGGAGUGCAGUCCACCGGUGCUGAAUCCAGUGAAGAUCUCCACCCUGUUCCACUGUCUCCCGGACAUCCUGCACUCGCACAAGCUCUUCCGGAUCACUUUGGCGGAGUGCGUCCGGAACUGGGAUAGGGAUGAGAAGAUCGGUGACUGUUUUGUGAGCGCCUUUGGGAAGCCGCAGCUCCUGGAGAUCUACUCGGGAUUCAUUAACAACUUCUCGGCGGCCAUGGAGCUGGCCAAGAUGGAGGAGAAGCGCAAGUCCGCCCUGGCCGACUUCUUCAAGGUGAAGCAGAUCAGCGCCCACGACCGGCUAUCGUUCUUCGGGCUGAUGGUGAAGCCGGUGCAGCGCUUCCCCCAGUUCAUCCUCUUCCUGCAGGACCUGCUCAAGUACACGCCCCAGGGCCACCACGAUCGCAUGUCCCUGCAGCUGGCCCUCUCCCAGCUGGAGCUCCUGGCGGAGCUGCUCAACGAGAGCAAGCGGGAGGCGGAGCAGUACCAGGCCUUCAAGGAGAUGCUCGGCCACAUCUCGGGCACCUUCAACGCCCGCUCCCUGAGCCUCUCCAGCGUCAGCAUGAGCGACUCCUCGGGCGGCCAUCGGCCGCGGUAUCUACUGCGGGAGGACAAUGUCACCCACAUGGAGUUCAACCAGGCGGGCUUCAUAGUGAAGUGCAAGCAGCGCCGGCUGCUGCUCCUCAACGACAAGGUCAUCUGCGUCUCGGUGGCGCCCAAGCAGUCGCACGACUUCGGGGCCACCGAGAAGCUCACCUUCAAGUGGAUGUUUCCGGUCAACGAUGUGGAGAUUGUGGACAACAGCACGUCGGCCACGCUCUCGAGGAUUCUUACAGCUGGACUCAAUCGUGGCGGCAGUUUGAAGUCCAACGGCAGCACCAACACCAACGGCAGUCCCUACGCCAACAGCGGCACUCUGCCCGCCCACGGCCUGGCAGGAUUCGGAGAUCCGCACAGCUCCCCGGCCGCCCAGCUGACGAACGGAGCGGACAACCUGUGCAGCGAGAUGAGCACUCUGAUGUACGACUACGAGGUGAUAUCCCGCAUCCACGACCUGGUCGGGAGCCUCAAGGGCAGCUACAAGGAGCUGAACGCCAACACGACCCGCAACGUCCUCAACCUCAUCCAGGGCUCCAUCCAGCGCAAGGACGAGGAGAUGGCCUGGGUGGACUCGUGCUGCCUGCAGCUGACCGGCCGGCACAAGUCCGGCAAGGAGGAGACCUUCACAUUCCAGACGCAGACGCCGGCGGUGAAGAAGGAGUGGAUCACGGAGCUGCGUCUGGCCCAGCUGGCCCUCGAUCCGAACAACUCGCCGGCGUGGGAGCGUGGCGGCAGCCAUCAGCCGCUCCAGCAUCACUCCAGUCCCGGCGAUCCCCGCCACUCCACCCAGGAGCAGUUGCAGCUCCAGGAGGCCGUGCAGCAGAAGCAGUCGCGCAAGAUGCCGCUCUUCGUCAAGGCGAUGCCCGUCUACAAGUCACAGCAUCAAACCGAGGUGCGCUGUGGAUGUUAUUAUAGCAUCGCCAACGACACGAAGCUGAGCGGCAAUGCCAGGCGCCGGCACAAGCAGCUCAACUACCUGUGGAUGUGCAGCAGCGACGGCACCUCCUCCCACAUCACCGUCCUGGCCCAGCACCCCCAGCAGGCCGGCAACCUGCGCGAGGCCGGCGCCUUCGACAUCUACGAGACGCAGGUGUCGGCACUGGAGUUCGUCAAGGGGUUGGAGGCGCAGACGCGGAGCAAGGACGAGCCGGCUAGCCUGCUGGGCGACCUGGUCUGGCUGGGAACCGACAGCCGCAAGAUCCUGGUCUACUCCGCCCGCAAUCCGGAGCAGGAGGAGCAGCUGGGCAGCUACUCUGUGCCGGGGGCAGUGCAGCGGAUACUCUACCACUUCGACGCCGUCUACGUGGCGCUCUCCGGGGCCAUGGUGCUGAUCUACCGGCGCGGCCACGACGGCAUCUGGCAGCUAAGGGAUCCCCAGAUCGUGCGGCUGGGCGAAACGGAUCUGCCCGUGCCCAGCCUGCUGCCGAUCAACAUGUGCAUCUACGCGUCUUGCGGCAACCGGGUGUACGUCCUGAACGCCCUCAAGGGGGAGAUCCAGCGCAGCUUCGAGGUGCAGCACGGAGCCAGCCAGCAGGUGAACCUGAUGGCCCACUCGGGCAUAGGCCUCUGGAUCUCGCUGAAGAACUCCACCAUGCUGUGUCUCUACCACACGGAGACGUUCAAGCAUCUGCAGGACAUCAACAUCGCCUCCAGUGUCCUGCGGCACGACGGCAAGAAGGAGCAGCCGCUGAACAACAGCUCCGUCUACGUGACGGCCCUGAUGGCCUGCAAGGGCCUGCUCUGGGUGGGCACCAACGUGGGUAUCGCCGUCACCAUACCCCUGCCCCGGCUGGAAGGAGUCCCCAUCAUCAGCGGGGGCAUCAACAUGUCCUGUCACGCCCACUUCGGGCCGAUCACCUUCCUGUUGCCGCUGAUCCCCAAGGUGUAUCCCAGUUACAAGCCGCCGAUGGGCGCAGUGACGGGCGGAGGAGUGGCGCCGCUGGUGCCCAGCAUGGGCGAGGACCUGCAGCUGCCGGCCAUCGACGCGGAUCCCAAGCUGGACCUGGACGACAGCGCCGUGAUUCUGCGCCGGGACCUAGUCAAAGAGGAGCAGGCCACCUCCACGCCCAUUGCCGGCUCGGCGGGGGGACUGCUGGUGCGGGACCUCAUCACCGAGGGAGACGAGUCAGCGGCCUCCGCCGCCUCUUCGCCGCGCAGCUCCAAGCUGGACAAGCAGCACUCCCUGGACCAGAGCUUCACGGCCAAGAUACGCGCCUCGCUGGCCAACUCGCCGGCCUUCCACCGCAAGCGGUUCCGCGAGGACCCCAACCGGAUGUCCAAGACCCUGCCCCGGGGCCUGGGCGCCACAGCGGCUGCCGGAGUAGCCAAUGGCGGCGUGGCGGCGGCGACUGGCGCUGGGGCGGCGGGAGUGGCCGGCAACCACGGGGAGCACGGCUACUGCGAUGUGUACGGACUGUACGGGAAGCUGAUCUUCGUCAAGGAGGACUACGACGCGGAGGAGGGCAACCAGGGCAACCUCAUGGACAUGAUGUACGAAGGCAUGCGCCGCUCCGACCCCGAGCUGGCCGCCAUACCCGGCAAGGUCUGCACCCUGGACCGCCGGCUGCGGAUGAAGGCCUCCCGGCCGAGGUCCCUGGACCUGUCGAAUUGGUCGGUGGACUCGAAGUCCUCUAGCUUGUACACCUCCUCGGGGAGCGAGGAGAGCAUGGGCAUCCGGCUCUUCGGGGGCCGCUCCGUCUCCCGGAACAGCAGCAGCGCCAGCCACAAGACCUCCGGCACGGGCAGCGACCUGGGCAACAUAUCCGAGAACGGGCUGAUGACCACCGCGGACAUCCACCACCACCAGCAGCAGCAGCAGCAACAGCAGCUGAUCGGCGGUGCCGGCAAGGCGGACGAGGCGGGCAGACUUGGAGCCGGAACUCCCGGAGGACUGGACAAGCCCGCUGCCGCCGCAGUGGCCACCCUGAAGCGGAAGCAGAAGCAGAACUCCAAGCAGCAGCAGCAGGCCAGUGCCGAUGGGCCGCGGACAGUGAUCACCCUGAUGGGCGGACGCGGGUACUGGCGGCAGAUGUGGUACAACACCACCACCGGAGGAUCCCCCAGCCACAAGAACAGCUCGUUCGGCGGCGCCCCCGGCGGCGACUCGCAGUCGGAUGCCCCGCUGGCGGCCAACUCCAAUGACGCCCACAUCGUCGUCUGGGAGAAGAAGUUAUAAUCGCAGGAGCUGGUGUGCUGCUGCACCCUUCAGCAGCACCCCCACCAGCACCAUCCCCCCCUCACGGAGCUGUGGCGCCACCAGGCCCAGCAUCAGGCCCAACAGCAGCAGCAGCAGCAGCGUCGUGGGCGGGGGCGUGUUCGCUUCCGGGGAUCGUUUAUUCAGCGGGAUCGCAGUGCUGGCUCCGGAUCGGGAUCACUCUCUGGAACAGGCACUGGAACUGGAGCGGGAAGUGGUUGCGGAUCCGGGUCUGGGUCGGGGGGCAUGCUGAGCGCCAGCUUGAAGCGACUCACCAAGCUGAAGCGCGGCGGCAGCCUCAAGGAGUUCUAAGGGAGCUGCGGACUAGGUUAAGCGGAUAACGGAUUACGGAUUACGGAUAACGGAUUACGGAUUAGGCACAAACAACAAAUCUGGCGGCCACAUAAAUUUAAACGGUUCUUUCCGAAUAUAUAUAUAUUUAAUGUCCAGCCUGCCGAGGAAUUCCGGGUCUGGAAGUGUCUCCUAUGACGCGUCGAUUUCUGAAAACAAUCUUUUCAAAGUGAAUAUCAAACUGUAUGUCGCUCUUUUGAAAUUUCGAAAUAUUUCUUAAGAAUUUUCAAUAUUUUUUGUGGAACUAUCCGAGAUAAGUUCAUUCGAUAUCAGACUCGGAAAUCGGAAGACUUGGCCAGCAGGGUUGUGUAUAUAUCUGGGAGAAACAUUACUUUUUUUUGUUUUUUUUUUGAAAAAGAAUCCCUACUUUUAGUCAACGAUUUAUUCUCAAAACUCGAAAGUUUCUCUCGUUUUCUCGAUUUUCGCCUCAGAAAGUGAAACUUAGCCAUAGGGAAGUGUUUUUUUUUUAUGUAGUUCAUAACUGAAUAUCCAAAUAUACAAUGUUUUUUUUUUGUGAUAGAUUUUUAAGGAAGUACGUUACGUAGGACCUAAGUAGGAUUAAGGACUAGAACCCACACACACACCCACUCACACACACAGGAGAGCGGCAAAGCCAACAAGCUAGGGGGAGAAGUGUUGUCUGUACAAUAAGAUUUAAGAACUAACCUUGUUAGUCUCCCGAAGAGAGUCUCCCGAAGAAGGACGUGUAGAAUUGGUGUUAGGACUAACGCACUGUCUGAUCUUGGACUCAAUUUUUUUUUUUGUGGGAAAGGGCACUUUCCUUAUGUAUUAUAAAAAGAAAAUAUAGAAUUAAAUGUUCUACCAUAUUAUAGCACUUUUGUGGCAGCAUAUAGCGAUCGGGUGUUGCGGCCACUGUUUGUAGUACGUACUCUAGUGUCUACUCUAAUCUAUUUGUAAACAUUUACAACCAAGAAGCCAACAAACAAAAAUUAAGGGGGGAAAAUAAUUGUGUGUGCUUUUUUUUCGAGUGUGGCUGACAAGUCUAUACAUACGAGGAGAGUACGGGAAUAAUAAUGCGAACAAGGAAUAUCUUAUACUAUAUACAAGAAUAUACUUAUAUACGAUUUACAUAUAUACAUACUAUAUAUUAAAUAAUUAAAUAUACAUGGCGCGUGUCUACGACAAAACAAAAUAUUUAGCUAAAAAAACAAACAAACAAAAAACAAACAAAAACCAAUGUUUCAUCGAAGAUAUUUUUUGCGAACGAUAUCUUUUGGAUAUAUACAUAUAGAAGUCGAGCAUAAUGCAAUUAUGUAACUUUUUAUAUCAAUGUGCAUAUUUACACACUCCGACACAACAACAGAACAGAACAGAACAGAUCACAGACACAUGAGCGUUACAGCACCCAUCAACAUACAUACAUACAUACAAUACAUAUAUAUAAAAGAAUAUAUAAAUAUAUUAUAUAUUUACGUAUAUAUCUACACGCAUAUUUACGGAUUCCGAAGGGAACCUUUUUGGUGUACUAUCUAUCGAGGACUGCAUUAGCGGUUGCUCUCUCAAUGUAAUACAAUAAACGAAACAAAACAUGAGCAUUGUAUGUAUUCGAGAACAAAGAAAAUGUAUUAAAAAUAUAAAAAAAAAUAUAAAUA